AUGCCAAUGACCCACUCGAGCACGGAGACAGCAGCAGUCACCAAGAACAGGCGUGCGCUGGAAGAUCGUAUCUUAGGGCGUGGCUGCAGUGAGUCCUGUGCACAAAAGCUCAUUUGGUUGGAGCAAGUCCAAGAGUUUGCUUGGAUGCAGAAGCAGUUCUUGUUUGAGAUGAGUUUGAAGCGACAACAUUUGA